AAUGUGCAAGUACAUGAAAGGAAGAGGUAUCUCGUGAAGUCUGCAAUUGUGUUGAUGGACAGCUUCCAAGAGCUUGGAAUGGAGGGCUACCUGCUCUUAGUUGACCCUAUGGCAAAGGCAAAUGAGUUCAAUUACUUUAGUGGUGGUACUGCUGUUGGGAAAAAAUUCUUAGACUCCACAGAGGGCAGAGCACAGUCAGAUUUUAAUCUCUAUGUUUUGAAGGGAGUGGAGAGUGCUGUCCCAUCCACAUCAGCAUCAACUUCAUCAACGCAGUGUGCUGCAAAAGUGGUGCCCAGACAGUCGAAUUGGUUGCGGAAUUCUGUUAAAGCUGGAAUGAAUGAACUCUAUGCCUCAUUUGUGAAGAAGCCUGAAAAAGCCUUUGCCUAUGCAGAGUUCAGUCGACAAAAUGUUGCGGCCUUAGGAAUGCCGUGCGACAUUGUUGCCAAAUUGCGUAAAAGCAACAAUCUAAGCGUGCUUGGAAAUGCCGACUUGGAGAAACUUGAUCUGCUCCUGAAGAAGGGCGAGAUCAUAUUGGUCUCCAGUCCCUCAACAAGUUCUAGUGAUCCAUGUCCAAGUUCAGUCAAUGGUCAGAAAGAAUUCGUUGUCAAUGUCGAGGAAGGAGGAAAAGGAAACAUUUUGGUUGUCCCAAGUCGUCAUGAGAACCAGGACCCUUUUCCAACUACAACGACGUCAGGAUCCAGCUCAAAUGGCAUUCAAGAAUUCUCAGGAGCAACGCCUACAUGUAUUGUAGCAGGUGGAGAAUCAGAUUCUGAAGGGUCCAUUAGUGUGGAAAUUGUGAAACCUUCUAAGAGGAACAAGAAGGAAACAAAUGCCAAGUCUGUUGCAAAAAAGAGAAAGGUCACUGUGGCAAAGAAUGCGCAGGUAUCCAACUUUGCUACAAAGGAAUCAAAGCAGGUUACGAUCGAGGAGAGUGCCUUACCAGAUGGUCACUUUAUAGUUGAGAAGAUCUUGAAGGAUAGGAUGAAGAAUGGGGUCAGGGAGGGACUCAUCAGUUGGGAUGGCUAUGAUUCGACGCACAACACGUGGGAGCCUAUGAAGGAAUUACCAAAAGACACUGUUACAGACUAUUAUCAGAAUAAGAAGAAACAUUAGAUAGUUGUAGUACAUGACAUACAAUGAUGUCCAGUCAUUUUCAGAUUUUGAGUGGCCAUGGACAUAAGGCCAAAUUUCAAUGAAAAAAAACAACAUUGAAAUCUAAAUGCUGAAAUGGCGCAAAAAGAAAUUUCUGAAUAUGACAUGAACAUAAUCAGAGUUUGAACGACUACCACUGCUCUGUACAAAUCAUACAAAUAUCCAAUUCACAAUUAAAACGACAAAAACUGGGUCAAGACUAGUAACUUUCCACCUGUCAUUUUCCAUCAUGAAGGUUUAAGAACCAAAUGCAACAAUAUAACUAGAGUCAGACAUGGAUGAGCAGAAUACUCAUUUUCAAAUGAUCUCAACAUCAUACAACAAAAGUUGACAGCGAAUCAUAAUAACCACCCGGUCCCCGGUCUGGUCGUUCAGCAA